GACACACAUCAAUGAUGACAACAUGAUUUGAUCGCUCAUCGUAUCUGUUUCCUGUGAGUUUUAUACAAGUGCAGUCAGACUGCUGAGUGAAAGAGGACGUUUGUCUUGGCGCAUGCUGCCUUUUUGCAUCAAAAUCAGUGACGUCCACACUUUUGACGCAGUCACAGCAUGCACUGUGUGAGCAGAGGAGGCUGCUACCUGGUCAACUCCUACUGUGACCUUCAGGAGGACAACCAGUGGAGGAAGGAGAGCUACCAAGCAUGUUGGCUGAGCCUGGUCCUAGAGACUAGACCGCAAUACAAGCUGACACUGUCAGAGACAGACAGCGUUCAGAGAGAGAGUUACAAGCAGCAACAGGUGGUCCACUUCAUGGUCCAGAGGAGCCCCAGCCAGACACUGAGACUGGGCAGCAACAGCAGAGCCAUGACAAAGCACCAGCUUCCCCUCCUCAGCGCCUACAGGGACCUACAUCGUGCAACAACCACCCUUGGGCGCCCAGAACGACAGCCAGUCACAUUAAGGAAGGGGAAUACCGGAGUGGGUGAACAGGAAGUGACUGCUACAACUCAGGACCUCAGCAAGCCAGUCAGAGUGAACUUCAGGGCCUCGAGCCUGAUGUCCUCACCGAGGGAAACCUGCCAUCGGGCGCAGAGGAGGGAGUGAAGCAAGGAGGUGGUCGCUAUUUAAAAUUGCACUUCAGAAAAUAUAACAUUGCCAUUGUUAUUGCAACUUACUUAUUAAUAAAUUUAAAGCUACUGUAUAGUGUAGAGCACUUGUGUAAACUAUCUAAGCUGUAACUUUUCGUUAACUUAUUAACUUUAGGAGAGUUUCACUGUUUUGUUUUUUCUCUCUUAGUUAAAUUACCAAGCUAUUAUCUUUAAAAACAAUGCUAAAUUGAUCAUGUAAAAUGCAAUGACAUAAAGUAUUGUAGAUAUGAACACAUUGUGGCUGAUUCUUUACCACGAUAAUAAAGUGUUCCAGGAAGAAAUGACACUUGUCACACUGUUAGUGAUUUCCAUGCCUAAUAAAGCCUGAUGAAAGAGUG